AUGAGUAUAGUAAAGCUAGAUCUUAGAUAAUAAAAUAGUAUUGCAUAAAACUAAAAUCCCUGCUAAAAGUAGGUUCCUGCUCCUCUUGUUAAGAUUGAUUUAACACCAGAGAAGCAAGCUGAGCGCAAAUCUGAUCACCUCAGCAGCAAUUAUUGUUCCACUAAUUCUACAAAUUCUGCAUCUUCUUCAAAUACUCAAGGUCAUAUAUCUCCUUCUUCUAGCAUUGUUUUAACUGCUGCUAAUUAGCCUAAUAUAGGAUCCUGCACCUAGCUUAAUUGCCGCAAUUAAGCUAAUUCAAUUGCUAAUUUUAUUAAUUCUCCAUUCUCUAUAGGGUCUUCUCCAACCCAAAAGAACAGUAAUUCCUAACUUUAGAUAACCCCCUAAAGCAGUACUAUAUAGCAAGUUAGCACUAAUAAUAACUCUGCAGCUUAAGUGAAUUUACCUCAUAAUUUGGGAAGCCUUUCAAAUGUUAAUAAUCAAAACCAACGUAACUGCUAAUAGCAAGAGAGAAAAAUAUCCUAGAAUUCUACUGAAGUAAGUAAUGACGAAUCAUCUUCUAAUAUACAAUUACUUUAACUCAAAUUAUAAUAACAAGUAUAAGAAAACAACGAGCUUAAAGAGUAGCUCCUAAAAGAAAAGUCAAAAACUAAAAUGAUAAUUACUGAGAACUUGACAAUGCAAGAAGAAUUAAGAAAAGCCUAAUAAAGACUUAAAGAGUAUGAAUAGUUAAAUAUGAUGAGAUAGUCUUAGGCUCUAUCUUAACGUGCUUCUUGGAUGCGCACUUCUCCAAAUAAAAAAGUUUUCACCCCUAUCAAUUCUUCAAAUACUCGAGGAGGAUUUGUAAAUCAUGCCUCAAAGGCAAUACCAAGUGAAUUUUCAGCUGAAUUUUCUUACGAAAAAUAAAACUCGCUUAUCGUAGACAGUUAAGCUAAGUAAAACCUUCACUAAAAUUAAUUAAGCCAGCACAGUAUCCUUGAUAUUCUUCAUAAUUUAAAUGGUGAAGAAGAGUCUUUCUAUACUGACAGAUAAAACAAAGACAUUAUUGUUAAUGACAAAGUACAGUCAGUAAAGAUAAGUUAAUUUAGUAAAAGCAAAACUACUUCUAUAAAUUAGCAGAUCAGAAGACGCUCAAAUUUGACUCCUUCUUUUAAUCGUCUAGAUGCAAUCAAUUACAUCCCUAAAAAAACAUUCAGUUGA